AUGGAGGUGACCACCGUGUCCCCACAUCCUGCCUCACUCAUUGAAGGAGAUGAUCUGUGUGAGGCAGACAUCACCACCGUGGCCGUAGACUGUGUGACACUGCUCAUCUGCCUCUGUGGGCUGGCUGGGAACGGGGCUGUCAUCGGCCUCCUCAGAGUAAAAAAUGGUAACUAUCGCAUCUUCAACCUGGCUGUUGCCGACUUCCUCUUCCUUCUCUUCACAGUCCCCUCGGCCCUGCUCUUCCUGGUGGAGGACGUGUCCUGCUCUCCUAUCAUGCCCCUGAUUUCUGCUGGGGGUCGGCUGCUCGUCAGCCUCCACGAACACUCGUGUGCUCAGGGCCUUGCAGGCCUUGUGCCUGCUACAGUCUCCUACUACUGGGGGUUAUUCCAGCUGAUUCCCAUCAGCAAUGUGCAGUAUAUGUACAAGUUCUGCAAGCUCUGCUGCCACUGGGACCUGCCUGAGCGCCUGUGGUUGGUGGUGAAAAGUGUCCAAUACUGGGCCUUCUUUGCUCUCUUCACUGUCAUUCUCACGGUGACAUUCCUGUGCCCCUCAAAAGAGCAGAAGCACUGCUGGGCAGCUCUCAUCUCCAUGUACGCCGUCAUCCUGCUCCACUUUGCUGCACCCCUGCUCAUUUCUUGCACAAUUGACUUAAUUAAGGCCAAGUGGGGCUCCCAGCAGCAGCAGCCCCAGAGGCGUGACAUCGUUAUCCACAUCGCUGCGUCCUUAACUCUCGUCCUCAGCUUCUGCCAUUUCCUGCAGCAGCUCGGUUAUAUUGUUGUGCCAUCCCAGUUUUUUUUCCUGCUCGCCAGCAUCAACAGCAGCAUCAAACCCUUUGUCUACUUCUUGGUGGGGAGUUGGAGGACAGAUAACUCCAUGGGGAGAUCCUGGAGGUCCAGCUCCAUGGCGAGCUGCGGGAAGCACUGCACAGUGGGGGCCCUCAGAGAUUCCCUCCAGAGGGUCUUUGAGAAGCAGAAAGAAAAAAAUUACCACAGCGAUGACGCUACCAGGGACACAGUGGUCUGA